AUGGCUCUUCACCCACAAGUACUUUGGGCUCAACGACAAAAUUUGGUCUAUAUUACAAUUUCUGUUGAAGAUAUGGAAGUUCAAGAUUUAAAAAUUGAAGGAAAUAAGCUUUAUGUUAAGGGUACCAAAGGAAAAAAUGGACCUUUAUAUGAAACUGAUUUAGAACUUUAUGGUGACCUUAAUGGAGAAAUGUAUAAACGCGUUUCAACAGCUAGGGCUUUAGAAUUAAUCAUUCCAAAAGUGAACGAAGGAUGGUGGCCAAGAUUUUUGAAACAAAGUGGAAGAAACCCAUGGCUUAAGAUUGAUUUUAAUAAAUGGAAGGAAGAGGAUGAAUCUGAUGAUGAAGAUCCAUUCCAAGAUAUGGGAGGAUUUGGUGAUAUGUUUGACUCUGGAAAAAUGAAAGAUAUGAUGUCCACAUAUAAUGAUGCUGAAGAAGGUAUGGAUGAUGAUGAAGAUCUACCUGGUCUUGAAGAUGUUGAUGAAAAUGAUGACUCCAAAAAAGAGAACAAAGGUGGUAAAGAGGAAGGACCUGAAGAGGUUCUUAAUUGA